ACCCGAGUUCUGACUCCGAGAGUCCUUACCUCUUGGAAUCAGUUUCCCCUCUCUUGUAUGUGCUGAGCGCAUCGCAUUCUCGUCUGUGUACUUUCACGAUGUCGUCCAAGAGAGGCGGAGUUUCGUUGCCGGAGCGGCCAGGCAGCGGAGGCAGCAAAGGAAUUUUAUCUAGGGUUUCGUCGACCUUGAAUCAAUCGCCGAUAGUGUACCGCGGCAAGCGAGCCGCUUCGGAGGCCGCUGUCGUGGGCAAAAAGCUCCUCAAGAGCACCGGAAAGGCCGCCUGGAUUGCAGGCACCACCUUCCUUAUCCUCGUCGUACCUCUCAUCAUCGAGAUGGACCGCGAGGCCCAACUUAACGAGCUCGAGAUGCAACAGGCUAGCUUGCUCGGUACCCCUCCUCCCGGAAUCGCUGCACCCAAGUGAUGAGUCGCGAUUUGAUUUCCAUUUUCGAACUUGGUUAAAGAUUUGUUAUGAUCUCGUGGUGGUCAAUUUGUAGCGUUAGGGUUCUAGUUUAUGUGGAAUUGCAGAAUAAUUAGACUUGAUAGCAUUUAUUUUGAUAAGGUUAACAAUCACUCGGAUUUCUAUAUCAGUUAUUGCCCCUUUUUUGUUAGAAAAGAAGUAAUCUUGAUUGGAUUCUAUUUGGAUA